UCCUCCUCCUCCUCCUCCUCCUCCUCCUCCUCCUCCUCCUCCUCCUCCUCCUCAGAGAGAGAGAGAGAGAGAGAGAGAGAGAGAGAGAGAGAGAGAGAGAGAGAGAGAGAGAGAGAGAGAGAGAGAGAGAGAGAGAGAGAGAGAGAGAGAGAGAGAGAGAGAGAGAGAGAGAAGAGAGAGAGAGAGAGAGAGAGAGAGAGAGAGAGAAAGAGAGAGAGUAUUGUUCCCCUCAGAGAUACCAACUGUGAUCUUGGUAGUAGAGAGAGAGAGAGAGAGAGAGAGAGAGAGAGAGAGAGAGAGAAGAGAGAGAGAGAGAGAGAGAGAGAGAGAGAGAGAGAGAGAGAGAGAGAGAGAGAGAGAGAGAGAGAGAGAGAGAGAGUGUGGGGCGGGGCGAUGGUGUCCGUGGGGCGGCGCCGGUCACCCUGUCCACCGCAGCCCCGCCCCAGCCGUGCCAGAGGCGGGGCGAUGUGUGACUACAGUUGGCAUGCUUCCCUCCCCGUGUGGCUCCCGUGGCCCCUCCCAGCACACUGA